AGCUGCCGAGAGGCUGGUGCAGGAAGGAAUACGCUCGCGUUCUAGUCACAGCCUGAAGCACAUUGUUCUUCCUCAGACAGACUCCUCCCCCUUCAGCCUCCCCCUGAGGCAGAGACGGCCAUUAGGUGGAGGAGGAGGGGAUGUGUGUGCAUGUGUGUGUUUGCGUGCGUUGCCUUAUAGGAAGGUGAAACCGAAAAGAAAAGAAAACCGUUUAUUUGGCGAGGAUCGGAGCCAACCUCGUGCCGGAACACAUCAGCAUCCAAGGUAUUGAGUGACGUAAUGAGAUGACCAUAAAGAUAUGAAUGAGAUAAACUGAGGCACUAACAAGCCACGCGUAUGACCAGAGAAGAAGAAGAAGAAGAAGAAGAAGAAGAAGAAGAAGAAGAAGAAGGAAACUAAAUAAUAAAUGCACCAAAUGAAGAAAAUAGUUCAGCUGAUGAUAAUGUGACAGCAGGAAGGAAAAAAAAAAAAAACAGAGGACACAUUAAUAAAGAAAUAAAGAAAAAGAAAGAGAAAAGAAAAGAAAAAAAAAACAGUGAGAGAGGAGGAGAGUGACAGACGGAGCUGUAAGAAAGAAAAGAAGGAUAAUACGCAGAAAAAACGACUCAGGAAGGAGGAAGAGGAAGAGAAGGAAGGGAGGAAGGCAACCACACUGUUCCUUCCUGUCUCGUCACACCAAACUGGCAGCUCGAGAUGACCUUAUGACCAGAGAUUCCGGCCUGGAGGCGGGCUGGGCGGCGGCAGGUUGUGGGCGGGGCAGACUACACUGGGCGUGGCGGCGCGGCGUGGGCGUGUGCCUGGUGAUGGUGGCCGCCUCAUUCUGUUUCUUCCUCGUCUCGUCACCCCACCGCGCAAGGCUUUCGCUUCUCAUUCACAGUCUGCCGGAGUACAACGACUUCCUGAUGCCUUCCAACACCUCAGUGCCGCUAUCACCCUCGUCACCCCACGCCUCGCCCGGGGCCUUCCACCAGUCCACCGGCGUCACCAAGGGAUUCCUGGUGCAUUCCCCGAGCUGCUCCAUCCCUGACCUGGACCCCUUGCACUAUACCAUCAAGCGCUUCGUCUCCAAACCCAAGCCGAUAAUAUGCGGCAAGCCUCCUGCCUUCACAUCAGCUCGCGGGUCCACACUUUAUCUCCACCUGGACAUUCUGCGCCUGCACUUCCCUGCCCUGGAGAAGACCUACAAAAGCAUACUAGUCACUGAGAAGCUGAAGACCGCAACCACCGACAAACACAAGACCACGACCACCGCUAGACCAAAAACCAACACCACGCCUGCGGGUACGACCACCACAAAGGCCGGUACGACAGCCACACCUGCGGGUACGAAAGUCACGAUGGCCGCGGAUACUAAAACUUCAACUACAACAAUCGCGAAACCUGAAACUACCUCUCCCACCACAACAACUACAACUAGCAUCACCAGCACCGCCACUACUUCGCCUGCGACCACUCCAUCUAAAAGCCAGGAUCCAUCGCCACCACCACCACCGCCACCAUCCGCGCACCCCAAGAAGCCCAAGAGAAGUGUAGAGAUCAAGAUCACCCCAGAGAACGUGAAGUGCUGCUACAAGGGGAUCUACAGGGUGCAGCAGAAGAGGAAGGACGCUGGCGGCAAUGCUGAUAAUCGCUGGAGGUACAACAACACAUGCAAGGCGCUCAGUGACGCCGAGACGGAAGUAGCGGAGGAGGCUGCGCUGGUGGAGUGUCGCAUUGGCACUGUCGUCGUGUACAAAAACGUCCAUUACUUCUUCCACAAGAAAAAGUUUCUGUCCGCAUCGCGAGUCAUCCUCUCUAUGAAUUUAAACGUCCAGGCCCCCUCCCCUUCCUCAGAGCCACCAGCAACCCAGGGUGCCAGUGCCAGCCCGUCACCGCAAGGGCACACCCAAAUCAACAAGACCACAGAGUCGCAGGCUGCCACGAAAAUGGUCCAGUCUGCCGGCAACUCCUCCACUCCCAAGCCAACCUCCAGUGAGGCCCCAGCCAGCACCAAGCCCCCCGUCAGGCUGCAUCGAGUAAGGGAUUCCGAGAAGCUGAAUGUCAUCAUCAUGGGGACAGACUCCGCAUCCCGCCUGAACAUGCUGCGUCACCUGUCCAAGACCUACGAGUACCUGACCAAGGAGCUCGGGGCGGUGGACCUUAAGGGCUACAAUAAGGUGGGCGACAACACCUUCCCCAACCUCAUGCCCAUCCUAGGUGGCAUGACUUCGAAAGAGGUUGACCAGGCCGCCUGUGUGACCAAGAGCAAGCACUACGACGACUGUCACUGGGUGUGGAAGGAUUUUAAGAAGAGUCGCUACGUCACUGCCUACAUGGAGGACUCCCCCUGGAUGGGCACCUUCCACUACCUUCGGCGCGGCUUCAUCGAAAAGCCCACCGACUUCUAUGGCCGCCCCUUCAUGAUGGCGUCGGAGAAGGAGAUUGGUGGUCCUGGGAACAGCAGAGGUCAUUACUGCCAGGGCAACGUGUUGAGCAUCAAGGUGGUACAGGAUUACGCUCUUGAGUUCGCGCGUACCUUCCACGGCACGCCUUACUUCGGUUUCUUUUGGUCUGCGAGCCUGACACACGACCACCUUAAUCUGCUGCACCUCGCCGACGACCAUUACUUCCAAUACCUGCAGCAAAUGGACAAGAUUGGCGCCCUCAACAACACGGCGCUUUUCUUUGUCAGUGAUCAUGGCAUGCGCUGGGGCGGCAUCCGGUCCACCUACAUUGGUAUGCUGGAGGAGCGUCUUCCCUACGUGGUCCUGUACCUCCCACCAUGGUUCAGGAAGAAGUACCACCAAGCAUACGAACACCUCGUCAGCAACACACAUCGCCUCACCUCAAAUUUUGACGUCUAUGAAACCUUACUGGAUCUUGCCUAUGGCCGCUUCGCCGACCCCGCCUACGUGACCUCCACGCCCUCUAGGACCAAGCGGGGCACCAGCCUCUUCAGGAACAUACUUUGGAACAGAUCGUGCGCGGAGGCCAACAUCCCUACGCACUUUUGCUCCUGCCAAGACACGCAUGAACUGACGGAGGAGGACCCGUACCUGGUGCCCGCCGCCGACCGCUUCCUGGAUAUGAUCAACGACCAGCUGCUGCCGUACUCUCAGUGUGAGCAGUUUACGAAGAUCAAGGUGAUGUCGGCGCGCGUGUCGAUCCCCAACAAGGAGCUGAAGCCCAAGGAGGAGAAGAGCGAGGUGAGGACCUACCUGCUGCAGGCUGCCCUCCUCCCCGGCAACGUGGUGGUGGAAGUGUCCAUGCGCCACACCAACCACGACGACUCCUUCCAGAUGCUGGGAAACGCGUCGCGCAUCAAUAAGUACGGCAGUACCAGCGCCUGCAUCCAAGACGACACGCUAAGGAAAUACUGCUACUGCAAGGACCAGGAGCGCGCCAAGCAACUGUACAACCAGCACUACAAGGAGCAGUUAGGGACGGAGGUGGGCAACAACACGAGGGCGCGGGCGUGAGGACUCCAGCAGCGAUUUACUGCCAUGAUUCGUCACAAAUUGAACACACACACACACACACACACACACACACACACACACACACACACACACACACACACACACACACACACGAGCUCGUGUGCAUGAGCGCAAUGUUAGAAAAGUUUUGCUGAGGAAAAUAUUGAUUGUGACUGACCAAAGAAUAGAUUUUACGUAUUGUAUAUUUAAGUUAAAAAUAACUUGGUGUGUUAAGAAACAAGACGCGGACAGCCUUUGUGUAAGUCUGGUCUCGUCGAGUCGCUGUGAAGGAGCAAACGUGAGCGUCAUGACAGCAGCGACCACACCGCCAGGCGGGAUGAGACACCACACGCGCUGUGCCGCGGCAGGUCAAGGGGUGCAGACCUCGCCGCGUGGCCUCAACUCCGCUAAAGUACUAGUUUACAGGCGGCGAAGGACUUGCGCUCUGCAGGUUUCUGUACAUUUAUUAAUAAGCAAAAAUUAAAAGGAAGUGUAGAUGCAAUGUGUGUGUGUGUGUGUGUGUGUGUGUGUGUGUGUGUGUGUGUGUGUGUGACGUUGUUAUGAAGCUGACUGUUGUCUUGAUGGUGACGUCGCCUUCGUCGAUCAGUAUUUUAAAAAUGUGUGAAUGGCAUUACGACGUAAGUGUGGUUUGUUUGUGUAAGCUUUCAUUUUUUAUUUAUUUUUUCCUUUAUUCAUGAUUGUUUUAUGAAAGUUUGUGGUGGGUAUUCCUUGCGAAAGGUGAGCUUGCGCUUAUCUUCAAAGCUAUGAUUUAUAUCGUGAUACCACGUGACCUUGCUGUGAAGUAACCUAAGGAGCCUCGACAGUAUGACACAGGGAGGGAGGGUGGCGGCGCGGCACCAGUGUGCGCCUUGAACUGCUAGAUUGUCUUAUUUUAUAUAUAUAUAUAUAUAUAUAUAUAUAUAUAUAUAUAUAUAUAUAUAUAUAUAUAUAUAUAUAUAUAUAUAUAUAUAUAUAUAUAUAUAUAUAUAUAUAUAUAUAUAUAUAUAUAUAUAUAUAUAUAUAUAUAUAUAAUCUUUUUUACACAUUUGCAGCAGGCGCAAGGAAAACAUGGUAAGUGAAGGAACAAAUGUACAGGAAAGGAGAAAACAUUAUUGUAAUCAAAACCUACAUUUUCUCACAUCCAAGCCGCGGGUCAGCUGUGAUCCUGCUUCGGUAAACAUUCUCCGCGUCUUUAGUAUCCUGCUGGGCGCCCUCUGCGACGCCACUCACUCCUGCCUGAUUGUCUCCUGCUCUCUUAGGCAGGACUCAUUCGAGGCGCAGCUACAAGGUCACAGUAACAACAGUAACCUUUACUUGAGGUGAAUAGUAACAAAAGUACACACGUGGUAGCAGAGGAGAGGAGCAGUGAUCUCGUGAAGCGCUUCGAAGCAGUGGUCGAGGCGGGAGGGUUCCCUUACAUACAAUUAUUAGUUACAAGAAUUGAAAGUGUGUGGUAAUUAUUAUGUUGCCUGUGAUUCCUUGUUUCCUCGCGCAUGUACCGACGAGGUGAAAACUGUACCUUAAUUUCAACAGUUCCAGAAAUGCCUUAUGUGACUGCAGGUAAUUCGCGACGACACGAGUCUCGGUUUGUGCACAGCCUCCCGUUUUCUAUGAACCUGAAGACAGGUGCAUUGUGAGAAGGAGCAGGAUGAGUCAGUGAGGCUGAAGGAGUGUGAGCAUGAUACUACGGUGUACGUAGCUGCAAUUUCUUGCGUGUGUGAGCCUGUGUUGAUGAGCCUAGGAUGAUUUGAAUAUGGCGUGAUGGAGCGCUCGGGGGAAGGGAAGAUGUGUACAGCAGGAUGGAGAGAGGACGAGGAGGUUGUGGUUUAUAGGAGUGUUAACAGUGCGGGAGUUGAACACUGGUUGUGUCAUGACGGGAUGAUACGAGCGCUUGGAGUGGACAAGAGGCUAGUGUGUUAUUUAUUUAUGUGAAAGAAAUAUUUUGUACGCGUUGCGGCAAUAAAAAGUGAACGCAAAGUGA